CAAGUUCAUGUUGAGGUAUAUUCUGAAGACAAGAUACAGCGACUCAUAUGCUUUUCUGGAUAACGUAAUCCAUGGAUAAAGUGGGAAAGAUGUGGAACAAUUUCAAAUACAGGUGCCAGAAUCUCUUCAGUCAUGAGGGUGGAAGCCAAAAUGAAAAUGUAGUUGUGAACUCCAGUGGCUGCUCGUCUACUAAAGAGAAAGCUAUCCAGAUAACUGAUUUGGCUCAACAACAACCCAGCAGCCCUUUGAGAGAAAAUAUUGCUUUGCAAUUAGGUUUAAGUCCUUCAAAGAAUUCGACAAGGCGGAACCAAAACUGUGUCACAGAAGUUCCUCAGAUUGUUGAGAUAAGCAUUGAGAAGGAGAAUGACUCGUGUGUCGCCACUGGAGCUAGACUUGCUCGAAGGGACUCUUAUUCUCGGCAUGCUCCUUGGGGUGGGAAGAAGAAGCAUUCCUGCUCUACCAAAACCCAGAGCUCCUUGGAAACAGAAAAAAGAUUUGGUAGAACACGAAGUGGAUUGCAGAGGAGGGAGAGAAGGUAUGGGGUGAGCUCUGUCCAUGAUAUGGAUGCAGUAUCGAGCAGGACAGUAGGUAGCCGUUCUCUGCGACAGCGUCUGCAAGAUACUGUUGGGCUGUGCUUUCCCAUGAGAACUUACAGCAAACAGUCCAAACCUCUGUUUUCUAACAAAAGAAAGAUCCAUCUCUCAGAACUAAUGCUUGAGAAAUGCCCUUUUCCUGCAGGCUCAGAUCUAGCUCAGAAGUGGCAUCUGAUUAAACAACACACGGCGCCUGUGAGCCCUCAUUCAACUUUUUUUGACACGUUUGAUCCUUCCUUGGUUUCCACAGAAGAUGAAGAAGACAGGCUCAGAGAGAGACGUAGACUUAGUAUUGAAGAAGGGGUUGAUCCCCCUCCCAAUGCCCAAAUACAUACUUUUGAAGCUACAGCACAGGUUAAUCCAUUGUAUAAACUGGGACCAAAGUUAGCCCCUGGUAUGACCGAGCUGACUGGGGACAAAAACAUAACACCUCUAGGAAACUGUGAUUCUGAAGAGGACACAACAACUCUUUGCCUGCAGUCACGCAGGCAGAAGCAGCGGCAGAUGUCUGCAGAGAGCCACGGCCAUAUCAGCAGGCAGGGGGCUUGGAAGGUGCACACUCAGAUUGAUUACAUCCAUUGCCUUGUGCCAGACUUACUUCAGAUCACAGGUAACCCAUGUUACUGGGGUGUGAUGGACCGCUAUGAAGCAGAAGCACUUCUGGAGGGUAAACCCGAAGGCACUUUUUUGCUCAGGGAUUCUGCGCAAGAGGACUACCUCUUCUCUGUGAGCUUCCGUCGUUACAACCGAUCGCUCCACGCACGCAUUGAGCAGUGGAAUCACAACUUUAGUUUCGAUGCCCACGAUCCCUGUGUGUUUCACUCCUCCACUGUUACAGGGCUUCUGGAACACUACAAAGACCCGAGCUCUUGCAUGUUCUUUGAACCGUUACUUACUGUGUCUCUGAACAGGACUUUCCCCUUUAGUCUGCAGUAUAUCUGCCGGGCAGUAAUCUGCAGGUGCACUACGUAUGACGGAAUCGAUGACCUUCCUCUACCCUCAAUGUUGCAAGACUUUCUAAAGGAGUAUCACUAUAAACAAAAAGUCAGGGUGCGAUGGUUGGAGCGGGAACCUAUAAAAACCAAGUAAAUGGAGAUCAGAAUAAGCUUAUAGAAUAUGCUUUUUUUUGUGUGUUACAGUUUAACCGCAGUGAGCGCACCAACAACGUCUAGCUUUUCUGCAAUAUCCUAUUUAAGCUGAGUGUUAGUAUCCUGUCAGAUGCUGCCUGCUGUUAAUCAAACUAAGUUGUGAUGCCUCUUGGAAACAAUAAGCAGACACAAUUCUGCACGUUUUUCAUUAAGGUCUAAUGAAAAUAUUUUUGCUAAUUUCUAAGUAUUUUGUUUCCCUUUUUUAUAGCUGUAGUAAUUGGAUGAAGAAACUAUGAGGCAUUUUCCAUGGGGCAUUCAUGUAAUGCUAAUAAAGGCUUCAUUAGAGGAGCAUUUUUGCUAAUAUUUGAAGUAUUUUUUUAAAAUUAUCUUCUUGAAAACUUUCCACUACUCAAAGUACUAAUUUAGCUCACAAACAAGUUUCCAAAUACUAGUUAAUAGGAGUAUUUUCUUUUAGCGAAGAGCAGUUCGUUAGAAGCAGUCCAUUACGAGUUAAUGGCGUUUUGAUGUUAACAGAUGAAUCAUGCUUUUCUCAGUAUAUAAGGUUUCCUAAUCAUGAAGACUUGAAUAUGUCUGCUCAGUACUGUAAUUCUAUUUUAAACGCUUGGAGAUUUAAGUGGCAUUGUUAGCAAAAGUAAUACUAUCUUGGACAGCUAAAUACCUUCCAGUGUGAGUUACUGAUUCAGUGGCAGGACACAGGGUUAGAUCAUUGCCAUGAAACAAAAGGUUGCGUUUUUUUCUAAAACAGAAUUUGGUGGCCUGGCUGCUAGUAACUUGAAAUGGAAGGCAAUAGUGAAGAGAAAAAAUGUUUAAUUAUUUAAAGUUGUCUGAUAUUUUUGUGGAAAAAAUUACAGGUGGUUGAAUUAUUAUGAUCGGAAUACAAAAUCUGACAUAUCUGAAGUGUCAGGUUUCAAAGGUACUGUUACACUUUAUUUGUAAAUAUCUUUCCAUUUGCGCUUUUAAAAAUGUUUUAAAGUAAUAUGCACUGAUUAUAGUUUCAACAGAUUACUUGGAAAGAAGAUUCUAAGUUCUGUCUGUUUAUUUAAUCGGAGAUGGAACUGAAAAUAGUUCUGUCUUAAACAUUUUUGCACUAAAAUUUUGUUGGAAUGCCCUGACCCCUGUUUAAUGGUUUGUACCGAUUACGAGUGCUCCCUAGUUUCUUUACCAGCUGCUACAGUAUGUUACUACUUCCUUCUCUAUGGCAGUGACCUGUGCGAGGUAGGGAACAUUUUGGCUGCAAGUACAAUAAACGUUAUUCUUGUAUGCUACACUAACCCUUCUAUUGAUGUAUUUUUCUGCUUGCUGUGCCUUGUUCUGGCUUUUUGUGCUAAUAAAGUACAGUAUGUUCAGUGUUAUACUUGUAGAUCUGCUCUGUUUUUAUAUAUUCAAGUAACCUGUAGCAGUUAACUGAAUUUUUAAUAGGCUUUCCUUAGUACUCAGUGUAGGUAAUGCACAAAUA